UCACUCCCAUUGCCGAACGUCAUACGUCUUUAGCCUUAGAUCAUAUACUAUAUGAUAUAAGUCUUUAGCAAACUCAUAUUAAUAUUAAGCAUAUUCAAAUCCAUAAAACAAAUUAAUAUUCUUACAAUUGGUGUUACGGAAACCUUAAGACUAUUAUUCCAGUUUUUUUACUUGUGUCCGCCUAACGCCAAAGUUUUUAUAAACACCAAUUGUUAGGUACGUCCUAGUUUUGUUUCCUUUGCAAUGGUCCAUUUAAGUGAAGCUCAAGAGAAACUUAAGAAAUAUAGAGAAGACAAUGAACGUAAGAGUAAAGAAGUGUUAGAACUAUGGGACUCCUCAGUCAAACAUAAAAUUAAACAAUUAGGAAAUGAUCGUUACCUUGUUUUGGAACAAGUAUUAAUAGCAGCAUGUGAUUGCAACCGUAUUGAUGUUGCCAAAGUAUGUUUACAAAUGCUCCUUAAUAAAUUUCCUGAAAGUCUCAGAGUACGGCGGCUGGCUAUAACUAUACUAGAAGCGGAGGAAAAGUAUGAUGAAGCAUUAGAAGCUCUUGAUCAAUUAAUCAAAGCAGAUGAAACUAAUGCUCAAACCAGGAGACAUAAAGUAGCUAUAUUAAAAGCUAAAUGUCAAAUUAGUGAAGCCAUAAAAGAACUUGUUGAAUACCUUAAAAAGUUCAUGGUAGAUCAGGAAGGUUGGCAAGAAUUAAGUAAUUUAUACUUGUUAGAAGGAGAGUAUGCUAAAUCUGCAUAUUGUAUGGAAGAAAUGAUUCUGCAUAAUUCUCAGAAUCAUUUAUAUCAUCAACGACAUGCUGAUAUACGAUAUACACAAGGAGGCAUAGACAAUUUAGAAUUAGCACGUGCUCAUUACUCAUAUGCUAUUCUUUUAAAUCCCAACAACAUUAGAGCAUUAUAUGGCUUAUACUUGACUGCUCGUAGUUUAAUGUCAUCACAAAAAAGUAAUCAAACAAAGAAAGCUACAUUCAAGAAAAUUGCUACAUUAUCUUUAAAACGAGUUGAACACAUUUAUAGUGAGAAAAAACAAUUAAACAAGAAAAAUCAGCUUUAUGUACUGGAAACAUUAAUGGGAUCAUUGCAUUUAAGCUUGAAUUAAUCUAGUCUAAGAUGUUGGUAUAAUUAUUAUAUUUAUUACUUUUUAUUUCACAAACAUUUUUUUUUGGCAUUUAUUAAGAUUAUGUCUGAGCUUCUAUAAACGGGAUGUUGUUUUUCUUCUGAAACAUAUGAUAAUAUAAAAUGUUCAACCAACAUGUCUAAAAACA